AUGAAGUACUCCGUCGCUACCAUCGCCGCUCUGGCCACCGCCGUCACGGCCACUCCUCACCUUCUUAACACCGAUUACACUGUUGUCAUCGGUACUCCCUUCACCAUCGAGUUCGACGGCUGUGCCAAGGGUUGCACCAUUCUUCUCCAGAACGGCAACUCCAAGGACUUGAAGACGGUCGAGACCCUCACUGCCACUGCUACCGGUGGUUCUUUCACCUGGACCCCCAAGGAUCUUCCCACCGACACCUACGCCUACAAGAUCACCGAGAACGACACCGGUGACUUCAACUACAGCGGACAGUUCGAGAUCAAGGGUGACGUCGCUGCCACUACUUCUGCUGCCGAGUCCACCACGGCCGAGUCCACUUCCGCUGAGUCCACCGAGGCGGCCACUUCCACCAAGAAGGCCACCACCUUGUCCACCAAGGCUGUCUCCACCACCGAGGAGGCCACCACCAUCUCUACUCCCGCUUCCACCGCCCACAACAGCACUACCCCCGCCAGCACCAAGUCUGAGGCUUCUUCCACUGCCGAGUCUGCCUCCACUGGCACUGAGGCUUCCUCCACUGCUGCUUCGGCCACUUCCUCCUCCACUACUGUUCCCGACAGCGGUGCCACCCGCAUGACCUCUUCCAUUGCUCUGAUUGCCGGUGCUGUCAUGGCUAUGGUCUACCUUAACUAA